UCUGAUCCCUUCCUCGUCUUCACUCAGAUAUAUAAAUACAACAACUGAAUCUACUCUCUCACGGAUCCUCUCCUAUGUGAACUCCUAGGAUUCUCAAAAUAGUAACUGGCAUUACCAAGUUCACAGCAUUUAAGCCGAACAGAUCUCGAUAUCUGAAUAUAGUUGAGGAGCAAAUAUGAGCCUAGCAUGUCUUGUAUGCCAUAGCGUAGAAAGUCCAUCGCACUCUUUUAGAAGCUAUUCAGUUUCGAGUUCUGACAAUGAAGGAAGGUGUUCCGCCAUUGCAAACUGCUUAACCAGGAAGUUACCUCUACCUCCUCCGAGAUCGACCAUUGCAUCAACAUCCAAAGUGACCCCACAACCAUCCGAUACAAGUCAUGAAAUGACAGGACCACCAAGACUGGUCCGGAGCCAUGCUGUAAGACGGGAUCUAGUGAGAGAUUGGAAUUUUGAAGGGUUAGGGAUGGAGAGUUAGCUGCUUUAAAAAAAUUGCAGUGUCAAUUACUAGUGUGAUAGUAUUAGAGCUUUACUAGCUGUUUUCUCUAGAUUUUUUCUGUUGCAGGCAGAAUUGAACUCGAUUUUCCAGAUGAACAACUGGAAGAUUUGUGACCGUUGUCGGAAAAUCCACUGUGAAACGUUGUUCAUAUUUCUUCUCUUGCCAUUCCCAAUCAUCUUUCAUGGCAAAGUUCAAUUUUCGGAUCAAUGUAGCUUGAUUUUGGGUA